UCCGGCUUGGAGGGAGAGAGCGAUGGAGAGACAGGCGCACAGACACACGCGCGCGCUCACAGAUGCAGAGAGCACAAGCUCCCGACAUUCGGCUCUCCCCCCUCUGUUCGCGGGGCUGCAGAAGAACGCAGCUGCCUGAGCUCCCCGCACCCGGUGGCUCUCUGGCCGGAGGUGCCAGGUAGAGCAGGUAGGCUACGGCCCCCGAAGCCAGGAGAGGGCAGCGAAGAGGAGAAUUUCUCCGAUGCGGUCUACUCCCGGCGCCCCUAUCUGAAGGAACAAGAGUCAGAGGAGCGGAACAAGAGGACUACUAGCCCUCGCCGGGCUGCCAAGCGAAGAUGCCACGGUUUGUCUUUUGCCUCCAAGAUCCUCGCAGGUGAGACCUGUUUCACUUCAAGUUCUUUUUACUGGUUAGGAGCAGCCUGUUGCUACAAAGCAGCCAUGGAUCUGGAAUUAGAGCUAUCGAAUGGGAGUCAAAUAUGGUCAUCCCCUUUUUUGGACCCUAAUGGGUCAAUGGCUUCUGCAAACAACUCAAACAAAACAGAACCAUACUACGACCAGACCAGCAACGCCAUUCUCACCUUCAUCUACUUUUUGGUUUGUAUCAUCGGAUUGUGUGGUAACACAUUGGUCAUUUACGUCAUCCUCCGUUACGCCAAGAUGAAGACCAUCACCAACAUCUACAUCCUUAACCUGGCCAUUGCUGAUGAGCUCUUCAUGCUGGGCCUGCCCUUCCUGGCCAUGCAAGUUGCCUUGGUCCAUUGGCCCUUUGGCAAGGCUAUCUGUCGGGUCGUUAUGACUGUGGACGGCAUCAACCAGUUCACCAGCAUCUUCUGCUUGACUGUGAUGAGCAUUGACCGUUACCUGGCUGUGGUCCACCCCAUUAAGUCAGCCAAGUGGAGGAGGCCCCAGACAGCCAAGCUGAUCAACGUGGCUGUAUGGGGACUGUCCCUGCUGGUCAUCCUGCCAAUCAUGAUCUAUGCCGGCCUCAGGAACAACCAGGGCGGGAGAAGCAGCUGCACCAUCAACUGGCCAGGUGAAUCUGGAGCGUGGUACACGGGGUUCAUCAUCUACACCUUCAUCUUGGGGUUCCUGGUGCCCCUCACGAUCAUUUGCCUUUGUUACCUGUUUAUCAUUAUCAAGGUCAAGUCCUCUGGAAUCCGAGUAGGUUCUUCCAAGAGGAAAAAGUCAGAGAAGAAGGUCACCCGCAUGGUAUCGAUAGUGGUGGCGGUCUUUAUCUUUUGCUGGCUCCCCUUCUACAUAUUUAAUGUGUCUUCAGUCUCGGUCGCCAUCAUGCCCACCCCAGCCCUCAAGGGCAUAUUUGACUUUGUGGUCAUACUUACCUAUGCUAAUAGUUGUGCCAAUCCCAUUCUCUAUGCUUUCUUGUCUGACAACUUCAAGAAGAGCUUCCAGAAUGUCCUGUGUCUGGUCAAGGCAACGGGGGCAGAUGAUGGGGAGAGGAGUGACAGCAAGCAAGACAAGUCCCGACUGAAUGAGACCACAGAGACCCAGAGAACGCUCCUCAACGGAGACCUCCAGACCAGCAUCUGAGCCUUCUCUAAAAAAUUCCUUCUGUGCUUCUGCCCGUUUGCUAUAUUCUUUUCCUCCUAUCUACUCCAGCCUUGCCCCGGAGAAAGAAAACAGUUGUUAUGAGCCAGUCCUAAUGACAGAACAGUAUUGGAACCUGCUGGUCUAAGUCUGCGGUAAUACAUACAUUAAACUGAUUGCCUCCCCACUUAAAGUGAACAAUUAGAAUGCGGGAAGGCUGUUCAAAGCGUGGACGGAGAGAAAAAGACAUUAUGAUUUCCAGAAAUGCCAAGACUCAUCAAGAAUAGCAAUCUAUGUCUGUGUUUGUCUUUCAGAUAUGUUAUGUAUCCAUGUGUUAUUAUAUGAGUAUUUGCAUCCUACAAAUUUAUAUUCAUAUUUGUAGCUAUUCCCUUUAUAGUUCUUGCCUAAAUUCCUUGUGUUUGUGUAUAUAUGCUUCCCAUAGACAAGAGUAUAUAGUAUAAAUGGAUGUCAAAUACAGAAAUGUAUACAGAUAUAUAAUAAUUUACUGAAUUCAGGCAAACAAUUUUUAAGCCUGAGGAAUAGAAAAGUAAAAAUCUUGUGAAGAAUCAGAACAUAUGCUUAUAUGUUCUCUCUGACAUACUCUGAGGAUUAUUUAUUUAUUCAAGUGAAUUGAAGCAGUAGUGGUUGUUGAUUAUUGUAUUUAUCAAGACAAACCCAUCUUUGCUAGAGUACUAUGUUUCUCCCAUUUAAAUUGCUUUAAUUUAGGGAACUGGGAGUGAGGGUGGGGUAGGGGUGGGCAUUAUAAAGAAAAUUUUUAAAUGGAUCAUGAUUCUUAUGGUGAUCACAUUUAUUGUCCCUACAGUGGAAAUUAAUAAAAAAUGAAGGAAAGAAAAA